CCCGUUCAGAAUUCAAAAGCCCAGUUUGAAGAGGUGCACACCUAGAAGGUGAGGUGCAAGAUGGGUCUAGCUGAGCCGAGAAAGAGGCAAAAACUCUCUCACGAUCCUCGGAACCUCGCGUGGUCCUCCCAGUCCUCUGCCACAUCCUAUGGCCACCGGCUUAUGACCCAGCAAGGGUGGUCCCAGGGACAAGCACUCGGCAAGCGCACCACAACCUCCCGAUACGGUGCUCCUAGCGAUGCAGAACGCCUCGCGGCCGCUCACGUCGGAGUCCUCUUCAAAGAUGACAAUCUAGGUUUGGGCGCAAGGAGGAAAAGCGGGAAGGAAGCGGUUGAGAACCAGAAGGUUGGGCUGGAUGCGUUUCAGGGCCUCUUGGGCCGAUUGAAUGGCAAGAGUGAGGAGGUGCUGAAACAGGAGGAAAAGAAGGUCGAAGACCGAAAGUUGGAAAUGUAUGCUCGCGGAAGAUGGGGUGGCAUGAUCUUUGUGAGAGGCGGGGUAUUGGUUGGCACUAUUGAAGAGAACGGGCGAGUGAAAGACAACGCAGAGAACUCUCCUUUGGAGGACGAUCAAACCCCGUCGGAGUCGGAGUCAGCUUCGCAGGCACAGGGAGAAGCUAGAAGCAAAGAGCGUGAAGAGCGACGGAGAAUGAAGGAAGAGAAGAGGCAGCGAAAGGAAGAGAGGAGGAAACGGAGGGAAGAAAAAGUUUCGAGAAGAGCUGCGAAGAAAGCCAAAGACGACGCUCAAGCCCUGCCAGCCCAUAAGUCUCCUCUGACUCAACCGCCUGAUGAGCCUGUGUCGUCUGCUGCAUCAGAUGACGAAGCCAUGAAGGCCCAAAGGCCAAACAAGCGAAAGCACAAGUCAUCAAAGGAUAAUGUGGACACCGAGGGAAGGAACUCGUCGGUGUCGACGUUGAUGGCGGCAUCAAACAAACAGACCGUCACGGUGAUGAAAACUGGCCGACACUUGCUUAGAGGGCGGAACAUCCAGGCCAAGAAGAUGGUGUUGGCAGAUAUGAAGGGACUGGACGAGAUUUUCAUGAGAUGAAUUUGUGAGAAGCUAUUCUGAGCGUUCUUAAGCAAUGGUAUGGGCGUUGCAUAGUAGACCUAGAGUCAGUCAAUGGUAUACAAUCUUGGACAGCCUG